AUAGAGGGAGGAGCAAAGUAUGCAUAGUUGACUCUCGAAAAACAUUGAAAAGAGUUUCUUCUCCUUUCUUCCAUCGUGCUCGUGCCAUGGCGAAGAUGAAGAUAGCGUGGCUUCUGCUGCUCCUCCUGGUAUCAGUGUGCGUAACGGCCUCUCAAGUUUGGGCCCUGAAAUCGCCGUUUCAUCCGCGAGACGUGCUUCCUCUGCUGCCGAGACAGCUGUCGUGGCCCAUCCUCAAUCGCCUCCACAGCGCGGUGGAUCUCCUCCCCGUCUUCGUCGGCGCCGCCUUUUCGCCGGUCGACAAUCUCAAGUGGAAAGGCGCCUGCUUCUACGAGAACAAAGCCUGGAUGGUGUUUCACAACAAGAGUGGCACUCAAUAUGGCGGUGGAACCCUUCACAUCAAGGUUAGCAAUGCUCACAGUUGGACGUGCAUGGAUCUUUAUAUUUUUGCCAGCCCUUAUCGUGUGACAUGGGAUUAUUAUUUCCUGGCCCGGGAGCAUACGCUUGAGAUCAAAGAGUGGGAAGGGAAAGCUGAGUAUGAGUAUGUAAAAAACCAUGGGUUAUCAAUUUUCCUCUUGCAAGCUGGGAUGUUGGGGACCCUUGAAGCACUUUGGGAGGUCUUCCCUCUAUUUACAAAUACUGGAUGGGGGGAGAACUCCAACAUUAAAUUUUUGGAAAAACAUAUGGGAGCUUCUUUUGAAGUGCGCCCUCAGCCAUUUGUUACAAAUGUCAGUGUUGAUGACAUUCAUUCUGGAGAUUUCCUUGCCGUUUCGAAAAUUCGAGGUCGGUGGGGUGCUUUUGAGACUCUAGAGAAGUGGGUUAGUGGAGCUUAUGCUGGCCACACUGCUGUUUGCCUAAGGGACUCCAGUGGGAAGCUUUGGGUUGGAGAGUCAGGACAUGAAAAUGAAAAGGGAGAAGAUAUAAUAGCUGUGAUACCAUGGGAAGAGUGGUGGGACUUUGAACUGAAUAAAGAUGAUUCCAAUCCCCAUAUUGCGCUGCUUCCAUUGCACCCUGAUUUGCGUGCCAGGUUUAAUGAGACUGCUGCAUGGGAGUAUGCACUGAGCAUGGCAGGAAAACCAUAUGGUUACCAUAACAUGAUCUUCAGUUGGAUAGACACUUUAAAUGGAAACUAUCCACCCCCCUUGGAUGCUAAUGUGGUUGCUUGCGUUAUGACAAUUUGGAGUCAACUUCAACCUGAAUAUGCAGCAAAUAUGUGGAAUGAAGCCUUGAACAAACGACUUGGAACUAAAGGACUUGAUCUUCCAGAAGUUUUAGUAGAAGUUGAAAAGCGUGGAUCAUCUUUUGAUGAACUACUAACGAUUCCUGAACAGGAUUAUUGGACCUACAGUGAUGGGAAGUCGACUUCGUGCAUUGCUUUUAUACUUGAGAUGUACAAGGAGGCAGGGCUGUUUGAUCCAAUUUCUAGUUCCGUUCAAGUGACAGAGUUUACGAUAAAAGAUGCUUACAUUCUCAAUUUUUUUGAGAACAAUUCUAGUCGCUUGCCAAAAUGGUGCAAUGAUGGAGACACGGUGAAGCUUCCUUAUUGUCAAAUUAAAGGCAAGUAUAGAAUGGAAUUACCUGGAUACAACACCAUGCAACCAUACCCUCAUAUGAAUGAAAAGUGUCCAUCUCUUCCUCCAAAGUACUCCAGAGCCCAGAAUUGCUAGCAGUCUUCAAUUUUUUCCUCCAAUCGGAGGGCUGAUUGCGUGUGAGUGUGUGACCAGAUUUUUUGGUCUUCUAGCUUUGGAUUGCUUAGGAGAUGCCAAAUGAAUUAUUGUUUGUAUCCAUUUAAUUUAAAAAGAAAUUCAAACAAUUCGAUAUCGUGUAUAUAUUUAUUAUUACAAACUUGAACUUAUAUUAGACAUUCAUGUAAUUUGGAUUAUCUAUGUAGCCAGAUUCAACAGUGUAAAUAUAAGGGACUUGAAUAUAUGUACAUCAUGCAAAAUUAACUUUAAUAAGUGCCGUGUAAAAUA